AUGCGGGAUUAUGUGUUCAAAGUGCAGCAGAUCGACCUUGUCUUUGGGGGUUUCGGGUGCCAGAAAUAUGUCAUACCAGAGGAACGGGCACCAAGCUUGAUUAUUAUGAACAAAACGUUUGAGACAAGAGUCCUCGGGGAAGUGAGAGUGCCCUGGAUCGACCAGCAUGACUUCGAGCUGAUGGUAGGGGACAUGGAUUCCGGAAAUGAUGCGAGACUUCGGCGUGGAAUCUGGCAACUUGCACGUGCCAUGCAGGAGAUGAACAUCAAGUACGGCGUCCUUUCCAACUACAACCGGACCGUUUUUCUGCGCCAAGUAGCCCUGCCGAAUGGAAUCGGCCUCGAAUACUCACCAGUGAUUAUCAAGACGAGAGAUAUGAUAUGUCCCAAGGAAUAA